CCUUAAUAGGUUUAAACGGCUUCUGGUUCAGUUUUCUCCGGCGCAAUAUCUUCUACUUUUAUAACGACUUUUCUUUACAGACUAGUUCGGGUCCAUAUACCCAUGGAGCCGCCGGGAGAAUCUCCGGUGGCUCUCCAGAUGCACUUGGUUUCGGCUCUCCGUUACCGAGCGGCGCUCGUACAUCUUCGGCAAAUUCCGGUCGCAGGGAAUGCAGAUGCGGGAGCCGCGCAUGAAGGUGUACUCUCUGGACCACGGCCGGCGAUGCGUGUUGGGGAUAGCGAAGCCAGAAAGUUCUGUACGGUAGCUAAAGCCCGAGUCCGGCAGGAUCCGAGGCAGGCUUGAAAAACAGUUUGUUAAAUUGAUGAUGCAGAUCGCUUUUUUACAGAGUGUUUAAUUACUGCCACGACCUUUGUAGACCUGACGGUGACCGAGACCGACCCCCCCUCCCAGCCAUGCUCCACAGCCGACCCGUCGCCAUGGCUCUGCCCCUGAAAGCCCAGCCACGGCGGUCUGGCCGAGUCCUGACGCAGGUCCUGUGUCGCACCCUCAGUCAGAAGGAACGGCGCCCCCCGGCGGCGACCCCUCCAGAAUGCCCCGGCGAGGCUGCUGAGCUCUCCAUCCAGACAUCAGCCCCCGGAGUGCUGCGCAUUUUCGGUGAUGCCAUCUGCGCCGGGGCCCACUACAAGAGCGUGCUGGCCACGCCAUCCUCCAGCGCCCGCGAGCUGGUGCGUGAGGCGCUCCAGCGCUACGCGCUGGCUGGGGCCCCCGACGGGGACUAUGUGCUGUGUGACGUGGUCGGCGAGCUGAGCGGCCCGGCCGGCCGCUGGAGGACAGAGGGUGUGCGCGUCCUGCGAGAUGAUGAACGCCCGUUGCUGCUGCAGGACCUCUGGAGGCCCAAGGAGGGACUGGCCAGGCGCCUGGAGCUCCGCCGCAGGGCCAACGUGGAGGAGCUGAGCUCCAGGGAGCAGGACACCAUCACCGCAGGCAUCAACGCCCAGGCCCGGCGUCUCCAGCGGACGCGGGCCAAGGGCACGCCCGGCCUGGGCCGCAGCCUGAGCGAGACCAGCCUGGACGUGACGGGUGGCUCCGGGGGGGAGGCCAGGAGGAGCUGCCUCACGCUGCCCAGGCCCCUGAAGGAGGCACCGCAGAAAAGGGACGAUGGAGAGGUGCGCCUCUCCCUCUAUCAGUCCCCACACCUCCUGCUGCUCCAGGGCUACAGCCGGCAGGACCGCCUGGUGUACCUGCUUAACCGGGACCAGCACACGGUGGGCCAGGAGACGGCCUCGGCCCGGCCCAACAUCUGCCUGCUGUCCACCGACAUCCUGCCACUGCACUGCACCAUCCGGAGGGCUCAGUCGGGCCACUGCCUGGUUCUGGAGCCGGCCCCACACGCCGCAGUCCUGGUCAAUUUCACGGCGGUGGAGAAGUCCACGGCGCUCCAGCAUGGCGACCUGCUGUCCUUUGGCUCGCACUACAUCUUCCUGUGUAAGGACCCAGUUGGUGGGGGCAUGUUGCCCACCCGGACGCUGCUCGGCCUACGCCCCCGGCGCCCCCCCCCUGAGCCAGAGGGUGCCGCCUGUCGAGUCUGCGGGGCCCCCUCCAGGAGCCGGCCUUCUGUGCGGGGCCGGCACGCCUCCGAGCCCGACCCGGCCCCAGGUCGCGACCCCCAGCGCCGACGGGUCCUUUUGGCUUUCGAGAAGGGUCAGGAGGACAGGCUGUUGGGGAGGAUCAUCUCACUUACGGAGCCGGGGGGCGACGAGCACAAGCUGACUCCCGCCUACCUGCUGUGCAUGUGCUUGGAGCACUCCGCCAUGACCUUUGACCCCGGAAGCUUUGGGAAGCUUCUGCUAAAGAUUGCUAAAAGGAUACAGGACGUUGUUCAGGAGAAGACGAGGGAGCUGUCAGGGAGGCCACCUCAGCACCAGGAGCUUCCCGCCGGCCUCUCAGACCUUGUUCCCUGCCUGCAGCCUCUCCUGUUUUGGAUGUCCAACGCCAUCGAGAUCCUGCACUUCAGCCGGCAGAAAUCGGCCACGUAUGCGAAGUGCGGCGAGCAGUCAGACACCCGCGAUGCAAAAGAAUCGGUGUUCAAUGUUGCUGUGUUAGCCAGCGAAGACGGUGUGACCGCCCUGGAGGAAGUGAUCAUGUCAGCAUUUCAGCAAUGCGUGUACCACAUGACCAAGUCCCUAUACGAGUCCCUGAUGGGGCUGCUGGACUCAGCACCCCCCCAGAAGGACAGACGGGCUCCCGAAUCUCUGCUCAGGACCCUGCAGAUGUUCCAGGCUGCCCAGGCUCUGCUGCAGCGCUCAGAGAUCCACCCGGAGAUCCAGUCACAGAUGCUCGCCUACCUCUUCUUCUUCUCCAACGUGGCGCUCUUCAACCAGCUGAUGGACAAUGGCCCGGCCAGAGGCUGGUUCCGGCUCUCCAGUGGGCUCCAGCUGAAGGCCAGCCUAAGGACACUGCUGGACUGGACCAAGAGAGCAGGCCUGUCUCGCCUGGCCGAAACUUUCUUCUCAAAGUUCCGCUGUGCUGUCGGCAUCAUGGCCACGCCCCCCCAGGAACUUGCUCAGAUGAGCUGGCGGUCACUAUGUGUGACCUACCCCGCCCUUAAGCCUGUGCAGCUCCACCACAUCCUGACGCAGUGCCUCCUGGUGGCAGAGAGCCGGCCCUCAGCCGUCUGGCAGCCCACCGCCGAGGAGGAGGUACCCCCCUACAGGACGGCCGACCUGCUGGAAAGCUUCGAGGAACCCCCCCCCAUCGUGCUGCCCAGCGGCGGCUACCAGGUGGCCCUCGACUCGGACGCCGUGGAUGACAGCAUCUACCGGCAGCUGCUCUACCUACGGCACUUCCUGUGGGGGCUGAGGACCAAGUCGCCGUGCAUCCCAGUAAGGGGGGAGCCCCAGGGCAAUGGGGCACCAUCUCUGGGGUACCAGGGCCCAGCGACCCCCCAGGCGGAGGAGAGGCCAAAGUCCAAGGCUUCAAUGGGGGGUCAGGGCACGGCCCCCAGGGGACUGCAGAUAGCCGGGGUGCGACUGAGGGAUGACCAGCAGGUGGCGCAGCCCCCCAACGCCUCCUGCCUGUUGACUCCGCCCACCACGCCUAACUACCCCGACACGGAGCGGCGGCCUGGAGGCCCGGCCCCGCCCAGCACCAAGAGGAACGAUGGGCUCGCUGCCAGCGAGAUAGAAGUGCACCUGGACAAGGGAGCGCUUGGCUUGGGCUUGGGGCUCAUCGACGGGUUGCAAACACCACUUCAAGCCCCAGGCAUCUAUAUUCGGACCCUGGUCCCAGGCGGGCCAGCCUCAUCCGACGGGCGCCUCCGGAUCGGCGACAGAAUCUUGGCGGUGAACGGGACAGACGUCACCGGAUCAGACUACCAGAGUGCAGUGGAUCUGAUCCGCUGGGGAGGCAGGAGGCUGAAUCUUCUGGUGGAGAAGAUGGACCCUGAGGUAUCCUCCAUGAUCAGAGCCUCUCUCUGCUGAGCAGGUCUGGGCUGAUCUUACUGCUCUGAGGCAUUAUGGG